AUGCGUUUCGCAUCCUACGCGGGUGAAUUCUCUUGUGGUACCGCACGACACACGAACAGAAGACACUUCACCGGUAGGGAAGAUAUGCCUGCUAAUGUGGCGAACCAUCUCGAAGCUCACAAUCCCCCGCCUGAGAUCAACAGCACGCUCAGCUCCAAAAACGUCACGGGCCAGCUAGGCAGCACCGUCUAUUUGCAUUGCUACGUACACAACAUCGGUCAGAAAACGGUGACUUGGUUACGGCCGUCCGACUACCACAUAUUGACCGUUGGUAUGAUGACGUACACGACCGAUGAUCGUUUUUCGGCGGUACGGGGAGACGGUGUCAGCGAUCGCGACGAUUGGAUGCUGCAAAUCCGUGCCGUGCAGAAAACAGACCAAGGCACCUACGAAUGCCAGGUCAAUACGCAACAUCCGAUGCUGAGCUUCGAUGUCCAUCUCAACGUGCUCUCGCCGCACGCAUCCAUCGAAGAAGGUCCUGAGCUUUUCGUCAACAGCGGCAGCUCCAUAAGCUUAACGUGUGUUAUACACGAUUGUCCGCAGCCAUUGAGUCACGUGUUUUGGUAUCAUGGCGAUCGGGUCGUUAACUACGAUCGGCAUAGCGAAGUCAAUAUCAGCCUCGUGCCUCUUAGCGAUAAUAACAACAAUAAAAAGAGCGUAGACGUACAAUUGUCUCGCCUAGUCAUCCACAACGCCAACAAACAGCAUUCCGGAACCUACACGUGCGCUCCGGUACACUCAUCACCAGCAAUAGUGCAAGUGCACGUUCUACACGCCGAAGAGCAAUUGGCGAGAAAAUCCCACGAAGUGAGCGCCGGCACGGUCGGACAUCCACUGUUCACACUGUACACUCUGGGUCCUUUACUGGCUUUACAAAUGGCUUUUUUGCUCGUGGUCGCGCGGACCACGUGACAACAGCUUAACCUUAGGCUAUGUUGUUCAAAAAAUUUGUCUCCUGAGGAAGGAGAGUCUUCGUCCUGUACAAAGGAGACUCAUGGCGCUUUCCAAAUGGGCACCUCGGCGUCGCCUCUAGAGGAGUUGGAGGCUAGGGACCUCCAGACGACGCUGGAUGACGAAGAGCGCUAUUGCUCUCUACGGGAUCCCUUGGCAGUGAUGAGUGCGGGUCCGCAAGUUCUUCUCGACCCGCUGCUGGGUCCUUCGGGAGGACACCCCAUGCCCCUGCCGCCGCUGAUGGGCCGCAUGCCUCUCUACGAGCAAAGUUUGCUGGGGAUCGACGUAUGUCAGAGAACGUCGGACUAUGUAU